CUCCCCGGGCCCCGCCUCCAGCUCGCCUAGGACCGCUCGGAGCCGGCAGCUCGCCUGCCAAACCCGGCUGGAAACGCCUGGCCGCUUUUAGGAGGGGGCGGGCCCGGGGGUGGUGGCCCCAGGAGCGGUUGCCGCGGGGACCGGGCAGUGACGCGGCCCAAGGGCGGAAGUGAGAAAGUUGUCUGCGUCUCGAGGCGAGUUGGCGGAGCUGUGCGCGGCGGGGCGAUGGGGGGCUCGGGCAGUCGCCUGUCCAAGGAGCUGCUGGCCGAGUACCAGGACUUGACGUUCCUGACGAAGCAGGAGAUCCUCCUUUCUGUGUAUGUGGUUUUAGCUCCUCACCUGGUUGAUAAUGAGCAGCAGGCAAGGAGUGGGAAUGAACACACAGGGAGUCCGAUCACUGAGAACACCAACAGUUUCCCUCUCUCUACCAGAGCCCACAGGCGGUUUUGUGAGCUGCUUCCCCAGGAGCAGCGGAGCGUGGAGUCGUCACUUCGGGCACAAGUGCCCUUCGAGCAGAUUCUCAGCCUUCCAGAGCUCAAGGCCAACCCCUUCAAGGAGCGAAUCUGCAGGGUCUUCUCCACAUCCCCAGCCAGAGACAGCCUUAGCUUUGAGGACUUCCUCGACCUCCUCAGUGUGUUCAGUGACACAGCCACGCCGGACAUCAAGUCCCAUUACGCCUUCCGCAUCUUCGACUUUGAUGAUGAUGGAACCUUGAACAGAGAAGACCUGAGCCGACUGGUGAACUGCCUCACGGGAGAGGGCGAGGACACACGGCUUAGUGCGUCUGAGAUGCAGCAGCUCAUCGACAACAUCCUGGAGGAGUCUGACAUUGACAGGGAUGGAACCAUCAACCUCUCUGAGUUCCAGCACGUCAUCUCCCGUUCUCCAGACUUUGCCAGCUCCUUUAAGAUUGUCCUGUGACAGCAGCCCCAGCGUGUGUCCUGGCACCCUGUCCAAGAACCUUUCUACUGCUGAGCUGUGGCCGAAGUCAAGCCUGUGUUACCAGUGCGGGCCAAGCUGGCCCAGUCUGGAGCUGGCACUGUGCAGCCUCACCCCAGGCAGCGGCGGCCCUCCCUGUCAGGGCCUCUCCUCACUGCUGUUGUCAUUGCUCCAUUUGUGUUUGUACUAAUCAGUAAUAAAGGUUUAGAAGUUUGA